AUAGUAUCAGAACAGUGUUUAGCUGAAGAGUAGCGCUAUCUCCUGUUCCGGAAUAAAAGAAAAAGUGGUUACGUUCUAAUCAUUGGAAGUAAACUUCCUGUUUAAGAAAUCAAACAUCGUCGAUUUCAACAAUGCGACCAGCCAUUAAGAUCGGAAUCAUCGGAGGUUCAGGACUGGAUGACAGUCAGAUCUUGGAAUCCCGUUCGGAGAAGGUGGUCAGUACGCAUUUCGGCAAUCCAUCGGAUGUGCUGAUUGAAGGGAAGAUUGCUGGAGUAGAUUGCGUUCUGCUAGCGCGCCAUGGAAGGAACCAUUCCAUUAUGCCAUCUAAUGUCAAUUAUCGUGCAAACAUCUGGGCAUUGAAAACUUUAGGUUGCACCCAUGUGAUUGUAUCAACAGCAACCGGAUCUCUGAAGGAGAAAAUUCAGCCGGGAGAUAUUGUCAUUCCGGACAAUUUUAUCGACCGCACAACCAAGCGUGCUCAAACGUUCUACGACGGCAAUGAUAUGCUUGUUGGUGUUUGCCAUGUACCGAUGGAGCCAGCAUUUUGCAAUAGGACUCGCGACGUGUUGAUUGAAGCCGCCAAGGAGCUGGGUAUACCUGGAAUACACAACAAUGGUACCGUCGUAACAAUCGAGGGUCCUCGUUUCUCGAGCAAAGCUGAGAGUAACCUGUUCCGCCAGUGGGGUGCCGAUUUGGUCAAUAUGACUCUCCUGCCGGAAGUCGUCCUGGCAAAAGAAGCUGGACUCUGCUAUGCUGCCAUUGCAAUGGCCACCGAUUACGAUUGCUGGAGAGAUUGUGGAGAAAAUGUAAAUGUGGCUGAUGUGUUGGCCACAUUCAAAAAGAAUGUUACGAAAGUAACUCAAUUGAUUACGGCAACCAUUCCAAAGAUCGCUGAAAUCGAUUGGACGGAAACAAUCGAUGAGUUGACGAAGACAGUAAACGGAAGCAUCAUGCUACCUCAUUCCAAUUGAGAAUUUCGAUUUAUCCAAAUAUAAUCUU